UCGACGCGGAGCUCGAGCCAGCAGGCACCCAGCAGGCGGUCGACAUCGACGGCGCUCUCGACGAGCGACCCUUUCGACGGCCAUGACCAUCUUCCCCAGACUCCUGCGUCCUAUACAGCUCCGUACCGCGCAACGCGCAUCCACCACCGUCGCCGCCAACAGCAGCAGAUCCUACUCUUUCUUCUCUUCCAAGUCCGGCUCGCGGUCAAUCGGAGCAUCUACGAAACCUCCCAGAUCCGUCGCUGCCUCGAAAGGCAGCAGCUCUACCGCAUCUUCUAAUCCCAAUUCUAACACCACCUCGAACGAUGAGGAUGGCUCAGCUUCGUCGUUAACAUCGGACGACGCGUCUUCCGCUAGUUCGACGACAGCAGCUUCAUCGGUAUCGCCUGUGGAUCCUAUCGCACAAUCAUCACCCUUCCAACCGCCCUUCCAGCCACAUCAUCUCGCACUUUCGCCGAACGACCUCAAACUGCAUCAAUUCUUUUCCCUCCACCGACCACUCUUCCUUUCCCAACCUUCUUCCUCCCUCUUCGAGUCAUCAUCUACUCUUCGUCUUCCUAACUCUGCUUCUGCUGCUCUAUCCUCCGGCUAUUCUGCUGCCCAGGCCGGAGCUGAGCAGGCGAGCACGAGCUCGGAUGCUUUCGAAGAUCCACCGGAGGCUUCAGCCGAAGCGGAUGCGGACGCUGCACGUCUGCUCGCGCGUGCUCUUGUCAUUAACCGCGUAGGGGGUACCAUUCGAUGGGACGAGACGAUGCGCAGGCUUGGGUGGAAGGGAGAGGACAGUAAGGAGGUCUUGACCAUGUCUGUGGAGAUGGUCGGAGGUACCUCGAGCGGAGCAGAGAUGGAGGGCGAGAAUGUGGUGGAUAUGGAUAGUGUGAAGAGGAAGAGGCGUAAGAAGAUGAAGAAGCAUAAGCUGAAGAAGAGGCGAAAGCUCUCCCGUGCAUCACGACUCAGGUUGGGCAAGUAAUUGAGUCGCAUCGUAUCACGCGCUGUUUCGACAACUCAUGUACAUAUACACACGCCCCAACUCGCUUUUUUUUCUUGACUUCUUCUCUAUCCGCUACUUAUGCCAAAUCUCACCUCGACUGAGGUGGCGUUCGAUGCCAUACUUCACAGUCCUUUCCGUCCUUGAAUACAGGCGGCAUCCGCCACUACUUAUGGACGUUAGUUCCGUAUUACUCGUUAUCAAUUGACAAGUCAUUUUUCAAUCACG